AGCACGAUGGCUGGGUUCCCCGGACACAAACGGAAGUUCCGGCGGGGGCGGCCGAGGGGAAAGAGUGUGUGUCUUGUGCGGGAGAAAGAGAAGAAUCGCCCGAGACGUCUGGCACCCCGCCUCGGGAGUGGAGGCCCCAGCCGUGGAGCCUUGAAGUGUAUGUGCGGUAACACCAUGUCUGUGCCCCUGCUCACCGAUGCUGCCACUGUGUCUGGAGCUGAGCGGGAAACGGCUGCGGUUAUUUUUUUACAUGGACUUGGAGACACAGGGCACAGCUGGGCUGACGCCCUCUCCACCAUCCGGCUCCCUCACGUCAAGUACAUCUGUCCCCAUGCGCCUCGGAUCCCCGUGACACUCAACAUGAAGAUGGUGAUGCCCUCCUGGUUUGACCUGAUGGGGCUGAGUCCAGAUGCCCCGGAGGAUGAAGCUGGCAUCAAGAAGGCAGCGGAGAACAUCAAGGCUUUGAUUGAGCAUGAGAUGAAGAAUGGGAUCCCUGCCAAUCGUAUCGUCCUGGGAGGAUUUUCACAGGGUGGGGCCCUGUCCCUCUACACUGCUCUCACCUGCCCCCACCCUCUGGCUGGCAUUGUGGCGUUGAGCUGUUGGCUGCCUCUGCACCGAGCCUUCCCCCAGGCAGCCAAUGGCAGUGCCAAGGACCUGGCUAUCCUUCAGUGCCAUGGGGAACUGGACCCCAUGGUGCCCGUACGGUUUGGGGCCCUGACGGCUGAAAAGUUGCGGUCUGUUGUCACGCCCGCCAGGGUCCAAUUCAAGACUUACCCAGGCGUCAUGCACAGUUCCUGCCCUCAGGAGAUGGCAGCCGUAAAGGAAUUUCUUGAGAAGCUGCUGCCUCCCGUCUAACCAGAGUCGGCCCCCAGCGCAGUCCCUCAGCUCUUGAGGGACCCAGCACGCGCGGCACCAUCUUGGAUCUGAGCCGGUCGAGCCCCUGUUCUCACCUUCCUCAACCUGUUCUCUCCCACAGGCCUUGAGGCAGACAGGCCAAGGCCUGGCCCAGCCUGCCCUCCUGGCCUCAGCCACCUGGCGCUGUCUGCAGCAGGGCUGGGCUGCUUCCUUAUCCCAUUUCCCUGGAGGCGGGGCCCCCCCCAAGCAGCAGUAUUGGAGGGGCUGUAGGCAGCGGGAGGAAGGGGCCCAGCCGCUGACCCACUCACUCAGGACCUCACUCACUAGCCCCGCCUUGGGCCCCCCUCCUGUGACCUCAGGGUUUGGCCCAUGGGGCCCUCCCAGGCCCCACCUACUGACCCCCACCAAUUUUGCCCAGAUAAUCUUGUUUCCUGCCUCCUCUCCAGCUGCUUUUCAAUCAUGAAUGUGUCCACGGCCCCACCCCCUUGCUGCUGUGGGCCACCUGUCCCUGGACAGGACUGUUGGUGAGGGGGGUGGAGUCCCCCCAGGGGCCUUCCCUCAGCUGUUCCCUAACCCUUGGGGGCUGGGCCCACCUCCCCUUUCCACUCCCUCCCGGCAGGCCUGGAGCCUGCAGGGCUGGACUGAGGCUCAAGGUCUCCACCAGCUGUCCCACCCACACUGUGUCCCCACUCUCGGGCCAGGGAGGUGGUGGGGGAGGAGUUGUGUCUUGUCUUCUGUCUCCAUGUGGUUUUUGGGUGUUUUUCUUGUUGUGUCCUGGAUUCCGAUAAAAUUAAAGAAAUCGCUUCCUCA